AUGAAACCUGCAGCAGUUGGGUGGGGAGGCAGGCCGCCACGCGCGCCUUUGUCUCUGCUGCUUUUGCUGCUUUUGCUGCUGCUGCUGUUAGACCGUGGCAGCAGCAGCAGCAGCAGCAGCAACGGCCUGGGGCUCACGCAGAGCCCGAGCCAUUCACCCGAGAGGCUGGCUGUAGAAGAGCAGUUGGAGGGAGAGGCCUCUCCUACCGGUAGCCCGGCAGGAGGAGCAACAGCAACAGCAGCAGCAGAAUCACCCGCAGAAGCAGCAGCAGCAGAAGAAGCAGCAGGAGCACCAGCACCAGCAGCAGACCAGCCGCUGGUCUGGGGAAAGAUGGCAAAAUCAAAGGUGCUGCCUUCGCUGAAGAAAUUCAGGAGCCCGCUGCAGCAGCUGCUGCUGCUGCUGCUGUCAACGCUGGCAGCAUACCGUUUUUUUGGGGUGUAUGCACAGGUAGAUGAAGACUUAGGAGAUAAAGAUAAAGGAGACAGUAAAGGUGUAAAGGAGACAGGAGAAGAGGGGGGAGAAGGCAAUGAAGAUACACGAAAAGACGAAGAAACAAAGCCAGAAGACCCCGUGAAGGAGCUGCUGUUAGAGGCAAGAGAGAGGCUCAAACGGGCGCGAUCAGAGAGAGAGAAAGCUUUCUUCAGGGUUGAGGUGUAUGCAGAGACAGUAGGUGAAGACAUGGCUGAUGCUUGGCAGCAGAUUGAGGCCACGAGGAAAGCUGCCGAGAUCUGGGAGCAGUACGGGAAGCAGUUUGCUGCUGCUGCUGCUGCAUUUGGUGCGGGUGCACCGGAUGCAGCAGAGAAGAUGCGAAGUGCUGCUGCUGGGUUGCUGAAGGAGAUGCGUGAUCAGGUGGCUAAGUACCGAGAGAACCUGCAGCAGCAGGAGCUGAAGCAGCGGCAGGAACUGCAGCGGUGGCAUUUGUGCCGGCGUUUGGAGCUGCUUGCAGAUGCUGCAAAGGAAGGAGAGCCAACAGAAUCUCUUAUAAGGGAUUUGGUGCAGCUGGAUGUGCAUGCAGCAGAAGAUGCAGCAGCUUCUGCGCUAAGCGGCAGCGCGCCUUGGAGGAAUGAGCUCCUGAAGCAGCAGCAGGAGCUGCAGCAGCAGAUAGAUGAGCUGCAGAAGGAAAGAGAUUCUCUUUCAUUGAAAAUGACGCAACUGUCAGCUAGAGAGGAGCUGCUGGAGUCGGCGAAACAAGAGUUUGCUGCUGUUGCAGAGCGGGUGCGCGGCUUGACCGGGGAUAAGGAAGCAAAGCCUGAAGCAGGAACAGAAGGAGAAGCAGCAGGAGGAGCAGCAGCAGAAACAGAAGACGAACCAGGGAUAGAAGCAUUAACAAAGCUGGAGAGAGAUUUGAUGCAGGUACGCAUUGGCUUACGAAGAGUAAAUGAUAAGAUAAUCUAUACAGCAGAAGCUAUAGAAGGACUUCAUGUAGAGGAAGGCCGGACGGGGCUUGCAAGAGCAAUGCUGAGACUUAUACGCACCAAAGGCAUGGCAGGAGAAGAAGCUGUUGCUGCACUUACUGGAACUGGAGCGUCACAAGGAGUAGAUAUAGAAGGUGCUGUCCUAGAUACAAUAGAUGUUGAAAGAAAACAGAGAGCAGUUGUACGAGCUAACAAUUAUCUGCACGGCGUGGUGUACAGGAGAGUUCGAUAUAAAGAGACAUUAUUGAUGCUCCAGGCAGAGAAGGAAGUAUUAACAGCAAAAGAAGAGCUGCUAAUUCGUGAACUGGAGAGAUACCGAGGAACUUUAAAAGAAAGGGUCCGUUAUCCUGAAAUAUAUGGCAUAGCAACAUGGUGGAAUAUUAAACAACAGAUGCAACAAAGAAAAGAUGCUGUUGCUGCUGUGCUAGAGAAGACGGGGAACUUCGGUUCAAAAGCAUUUGGAGGGAUAGCUAAAGAAGCAUUCCCACUUAAGUACAUUUCCAGGCAUGUUGCUCCUUAUGCAGACGACCUUCUUGUGGCUCUAGGCGAAAUCUUUGAAGGAAAUACAGCAACACGUCUGGCUAUAUCUGAGGCAUGCAAUAGGAUUGCAGACCAACAAGUUAUAGAGCUGCUGCAGCAGGAGCCUCUUGAAGACUUACUUGCUGCUGCUGCGGGAGAUAAAGACUCUCCCUUGCUUCUGGAGGUAUUUACAGCUCGGUGGGAGGCCGUGCAAACUUUAGUAACAACUUCUCGUGUACAGCUGAAGCAAACGGAAGAGAGAGUAAAUGAAUUAAGAUCAGCACUUCACUCCCUUGCGGCUGUACGGAGGUGGAGCUCAAACGCAUUCAGAAGAGAGCUUUCUGCACUUGUUUUUCUAGCUCAGCAGCAAUCCAACAUAGAGUACUUCAAGGGUAUGCUAAGCAGGCUAGGACAAGUAAAGAGGGGAGAAGUACGUGUUGCAGCACAAGAGCUUGUGCAAGAAGCUCUGUGGACAAACCUACAGCGCCGUUCGAUGUACGGAGAUAAUGAAGAAGUACUUGAGAGGAUUAGCAAUGUGCAUGCAGAUGUUCUAGCAGAACUCGAUAAGGAACUGGCAACGGUUGCUGCAGAAAUAGCACGGGAAGAAGAUUAUUAUGCUCCGGCUGUCACACCUGCAGAGCUGCCUGACCCCCCACUCAAGAUACAUGAUGACGCUGCUGCUGCUGCUGCUCUUGUAACUGAGACUAUCCCCAAUGUGCUGCAGCUGAGUAAGCGUAAGGAGCCCCCCCAACAGCAAGGAAAGAAAGCUUCAUAG